CCCGGGCAGCGAACGCCUCCUGGACACGCUGAGUGGGCUCUGGGCCCUCCGCAUGCCGGCUCUUCUCCUCUUCCUGUGCUAGUUAGCUAUGGCGGCCGUGAAGACCCUGAACCCCAAGGCCGAGGUGGCCCGAGCCCAGGCUGCGCUGGCGGUGAACAUCAGCGCGGCCCGGGGCCUGCAGGACGUGCUGAGGACCAAUUUGGGGCCUAAGGGCACCAUGAAGAUGCUUGUUUCUGGUGCUGGAGACAUCAAGCUUACUAAAGAUGGCAACAUGCUGCUUCAUGAAAUGCAAAUUCAACACCCAACAGCCUCCUUAAUAGCCAAAGUAGCAACAGCCCAAGAUGACAUAACUGGUGAUGGUACCACUUCCAAUGUUCUAAUCAUUGGAGAGCUACUGAAACAGGCGGAUCUCUACAUUUCUGAAGGUCUUCAUCCCAGAAUAAUAACAGAAGGAUUUGAAGCUGCAAAGGAAAAGGCACUUCAGUUUUUGGAACAAGUCAAAGUAAGCAAAGAAAUGGACAGGGAAACACUUAUAGAUGUGGCCAGAACAUCUCUACGUACUAAAGUGCAUGCUGAACUUGCUGAUGUCUUAACAGAGGCCAUAGUGGACUCCAUUUUGGCCAUUAAAAAACAAGAUGAACCUAUUGACCUCUUCAUGGUUGAGAUCAUGGAGAUGAAACAUAAAUCUGAAACUGAUACAAGCUUAAUCAGAGGUCUUGUUUUGGACCAUGGGGCACGGCAUCCAGAUAUGAAAAAAAGAGUAGAAGAUGCAUACAUCCUCACAUGCAAUGUGUCAUUGGAAUAUGAGAAAACAGAAGUGAAUUCUGGCUUUUUUUACAAGAGUGCAGAAGAGAGAGAGAAACUUGUAAAAGCUGAAAGAAAAUUCAUUGAAGAUAGAGUUAAAAAAAUAAUAGAACUGAAAAAGAAAGUCUGUGGUGAUUCAGAUAAAGGAUUCGUUGUUAUUAAUCAAAAGGCUGACUCUUGCUUGCGGUGGAGUAGCUCUAAAUUCCUUUGAUGACCUAAAUCCUGAUUGUUUGGGAUAUGCAGGACUUGUCUAUGAAUAUACAUUGGGA